AUGUCAUACAUCCCCAAACACAUAACCGUUGGCAAGGUCUGCAAAACGAACAACUUCUGCGUUGCAAAGUGGAGCAGGAUGGUGAAGAAUCCGCACAUGAGUUGUAAAAAAAUCGGUAUAAGUGGAUACUCCACGGGGGGCGCAGGCGGAAGAAACGACGUCAGCAACGCCAACGGUGGUAUGAACCAUGUUAGCCCCGUUUGUGCUGCUAACCGGGAUGGCGGAACGGAAUCUGCAACACCCACCUGUCUGGGGGAACCCACCUCCAGCCCCACGCCAAACAGCACAUGCGGUGACCUCUCAGGUGAAGUCAUUUUAAGAAAAUACGAUCGAAUUUUAUUAAUCGAAAAGUACACAAAGUAUGACAAUUUAAGGAAGCAAGGAUAUAAGGACGAUUAUAUUUUGCGCAAUUUUUUUUCUGUUUAUAUUUCUCACUUUACGCAUACUCUUAUUGUAAACAACGUCAUUAACCUUUUGAGGACAAAGUACAGAUCCCACGUGUCCAUACUUAAGGCCUAUAAACGGAACAUUGAAAACAUCUGUAUUAGCAGUUCUAGCAUUUUUUCGCCCGAUGCGAUUUUCAGCGUGGGCGGAGACGGAACAUACCUGGAAUCCGCACACAUAAUCGCUAACAAAUAUAUUGUAGACGAUAACUCCGGAGGGACGAAGAAGCACAUCGAGCUCGUUGGAAUAAACAGCGACCCCAGAGGAUCUGAAGGGAAACUCUGCCUGGAGUACUUCCAUGUGGACCCCGAAAAUGAAAUAAACUACACAUAUGACUCAUUUGGACAAUUCGAGGAAAUUUACAACAGAAAAAAAAAAAAAAAAAAUUUCGUCUUCACGGAUGUGUCAAAUUUGAUCAGGGAUCUCAAGGGGAAGGAGGAGAAGGAAAACAGGAUGAGGAGUGAUCAUUCUGAUGAACAUGCAGUGGAAGAAUCGGAUUUAAAAAAUGUGAACACGAUGGAUCGAAUUGCACAGAAUAACAGUUUGCGUUAUGAGGGUGUGCAUACAAAUGAGCACAACAAUGCCCCUGAUGAGGGGGUCGAAUCGAUCGAGCUGGGGAAAAGCAGUCAAGCUGGCCAGGUUGGCCAUACUGACCAUGCUGACCAUGUUGAUCACACGAAACCGUGCAACAACCCGUUCAGCGCCUUCCCCCACACGGUAAGUGAGCGCCUGGAAAAUCUCACCAUCAGCGCCGAGGAGUACGCCAGGAACACGCUCAAGUGCUUCUUCGAAACGAACAAGCAUCGAAAGCUGCACAGAAAGUACAUCACCGUAUACAUAAAAAGGUGCAACGAGGAAGAAGGAAAAACAUACAGAAGCAUCAACGAGGUGUAUAUUUAUGAGGCCGUCAAAAAUAAUAUCUGCACAUACAUUAAUAUAGACAACAAAAUUGUGAAGAAGCUAAAAAGUACCGCUCUGUUGAUUACCAGUGGGACGGGGUCCACUGCUUGGGCAUACAACGUCAAUAAAAUUGAUAAAAAAAAAAUGAAAAAUAUUAUUGACGAAUUUGUACGAAUACAAAAUGAUGUAGUGAAGGAAAACAUCCAGCCUGUCAACUAUGACCUUUUUUCUGAAUACAUAAAUAAUUCCAUUUGCUUCCAUCCCAGUAGUAAACAAAUGAAGUGUAUAGUUAAGGAGCCCGUGGAAAAUAGCGUAUACGACUCUACCGACCAUGUGUACGAUUGUCAGUAUGUGAAUAUACGCACCUGCACGAGCAACACCAUCGUGUAUAUUGAUGGUAUAUACAACAUUAAGAUUCAGCCCAACGAUUCGGUCAUUCUUCACAUAAAGGAGGGUGACUUUAUCGUUAGUUACAAGUAG